GAAAUAUUGCUGAGUGCAGCGUCAAACAACAAACAAACAAACCUGAAAAUCAAACACUUCACAUCAAUGCAUUAUUCGAUAUCAUUUAAUCUCAUCUAAGUUACGUUAAUAUUAAUAAUCUUUUAAUAAAGAUAGCCUGUGUUGGAAAAAGACUUCCCCAAGGUAAUUUGAAAGUGUAACAUCACAUAUCUGAUUAUUGGCAUCUUGUAGUUGAACGCACACGGUUUGACCAAGGAUGUUUUGUUUCUGGUUUGUUACAGAAGGACCCCAAGCUACAGUGUAGCACCUCUAGUCCAAUGGGUCAGUGUUGUUCCAAGGAGGUUGUCCACAUUGAGAGGCUCAACGUGGCGGGACGUGUGCAAGGCGGCGUAGGACAAACCUACACUGCAGAACACAUCACUGGCGGGAUAGCAAACGAGGGGUCAGCUGAGCGUCCACACAAUGACACUAUUACAGUGGGGAUAGGACUAAAUGACAACCACACAGGAAACAUAGGCAGUGUACCACGUGAUUCGAGUGGCAAGGGAUACACAAACGGUAUACCACGUGCUUCGAGUGACAUGGGAAAAGAGAGCGGUAUACAACGUGCUACGGGUGCCAUGGGAAACACAAACAGUAUAUCACGUGCUACGGGUGACAUGGGAAACACAAGCGGUAUACCACGUGCUACGGGUGACAUGGGAAAAGAGAGCGGUAUACCACGUGCUUCGAGUGACAUGGGAAAAGAGAGCGGUAUACCACGUGCUACGGGUGACAUGGGAAACACGAGUGGUAUAUCACGUUCUACGGGUGGCAUAGGGAACACAAGCGGUAUACCACGUGCUAUGGGUGACAUAGGAAACACGAGCGGUAUUCCACGUGCUACGGGUGACAUGGGAAAAGAGAGCGGUAUACCACGUGCUUCGAGUGACAUGGGAAAAGAGAGCGGUAUACCACGUGCUUCGAGUGACAUGGGAAAAGAGAGCGGUAUACCACGUGCAACGGGUGACAUGCAAAAAGAGAGCGGUAUAUCACGUUCUACGGGUGGCAUAGGGAACACAAGCAGUAUACCACGUGCUAUGGGUGACAUGGGAAACACGAGCGGUACAUCACGUGCUACGGGUGACAUAGGAAACACAAACAGUAUACCACGCGCUAUGGGUGACAUAGGAAACACAAGCGGCAUUCCACGUGCUACGGGUGACAUUGGAAACACAAACGGUAUACCACGUGCUACAGGUGACAUGGGAAACACAAACGGUAUACCACGUGCUACGGGUGACAUGGGAAAAGAGAGCGGUAUAUCACGUGCUUCGAGUGACAUGGAAAACACGAGCGGUAUAUCACGUGCUACGGGUGACACGGGAAACACAAACGGUAUACCACGUGCUACGGGUGACAUGGGAAAAGAGAGCGGUAUACCACGUGCUACGGGUGACACAGGAAACACAAGCACCACAACACACGCAUCAGGUGAACUGGGACACCCGGUGUCAGCAAGGGACAUAAGACCCCCUGACACUCCAGGAGACAGCUGGACCAGAAACUCAACAGUGCAGGAUCCUGCGGUAGGAGGGGGUGUGUCAUUCCAGGAUAUUGACGAGCUCAACCUUUACGUGGCAUAUGCUGUAGGUGGUGAGAAGAAAGUGCAGUGUCUUCCCUUACAGGAACUAGUUGACAUCAACAGGAGAGACGACAUCGGGAAAACACCCCUGAUUGUGGCCGCUUGGAAGGGUCGUCGGGGGGUGUUUGGCCUGCUUGUGAGUAGGGGUGCUGACGCAUCAGUCCAAGAUGCUAAUUCGAACAACAUCCUCCACUGGGCGUCUCACGGGGGCAAUGUGGACAUGGUACAGUAUGUCAUCUCUAGUGGUCUUGUUGACAUCAACAGUCGCGGGAGCCAAGGGUAUUCGCCCGUGAUGAUGGCGGCAGAACGCGGACACAAGGAAGUGGUCGCCUUACUGGCACAGAAAGGAUGUGACAUGUCGCAUGUGACCAAUGGCGGUAACAAUAUCCUUCACGUUACCUGUACUGGAGGUGAUGUGACGAUGGUAAAGUGUCUCCUGUUGAUGAAUAUUGUUGACAUCAACAGCAGAGGGGCGAACGAGAGAACGGCGACGAUGAUGGCCGUAUUGAAGGGACAUAGCGCUGUGUUUGAGCUUCUUGUAAGUGAAGGCAGCGAUUUGUCACCCGUGAGUAGCAACAACAACAACAUCCUUCACGAGGCCUGUGUGGGUGGAGACGUGAGCAUUGUCAACUACAUCAUCUCCAAAGGUGUCGUUGCUAUCAACAGUAGAGGUAAGUACGACAGGACGCCAGUGAUGGUUGCAGCGGAGUUUGGACAUACUAAUGUACUCGAGCUACUUGUGAGGGAAGGCGGUGACGUGAACGUCAGGUCGUCUGAAGGCAACACCAUCCUCCAUGCAGCGUGUCUGGGAGGACACGUCAAGAUGGUGCGCCACGUUCUCUCGACGACACGCGUCAACGUCAACGCCAGAGGUAAGAAAGGGCGGAGCCCCUUGAUGUUGGCGGCAUGGAUGGGGCACCAAGAGGUGUUUGAACUCCUUGUGAGUGCGGGUAGUGACGUGUCACUUGUUGAUGAUGGAGGUAACAACAUUCUCCAUGUGGCUUGUCGUGGAGGACAUGCGGACAUGGUGGCGUAUCUCCUGUCGAAAGACGUUGCAGACAUGGAGGCGAUGGACAAUCAAGGACUAACAGCAGUUAGGAUAGCUGAAGAGAAAAAGAACAAAGCUGUUGUGGGCGUACUGUCGUCCAAGUUUAAGUCGCCAAGUCAUUAAACACAUUUAGACAAACUCAGAGUGAUAUGCAUAAUACGUUAACCUUAUGGGCAAUCAUACAAUCAAUAUGAAGUCGUUUGGGAUUUUACUCUGCGGAGCAAAUACUUAAUUUAUAUCACGACGUGUCAGCUUAGGGAGAAAGCCGGAAGUUAUUCACUAUGGCAAAACCCAGAAGUUCGGGCAUAUUGUUGUUAAACCAAGAAACACAAUAACAGCGAAACCGAGACUUGGACUCGAACCACGAUCACGGGAAACUCCACUGCUGGUGAUGAAUGUGAGUGAAUGGUGAUUUAGGUCUCCGUCUGCCUCUAGAGUCUGGCUGACUUUGUGUAGACUUGUUCCCUGUAUAAUUGCUAACUCACCCACAUGUGGUCCAGGUGCAGAUGUCCGCCGUGUAGUGUAGAUUGUGUUUGUAGUCAAUAAAGGUCGCAUCUUUUUAGUGUAUUUUAUUGUUGAAAAAUGAUUGUGCCUGUGUGCGCUCAUUGCAUUGCAUUUGGACAGUGAUCAGUUGUCAGGAAUGUAGUACUGUUUAAUGUAAACAGUUUUUGGAAGUUAUUAUAUUUAGAUGCAAGGGUGGUAUGUAAACGUCCGGUAUACCGUGGACUGAUGUAGAAUAUUCUGUAAUGUUCUAGUGCUAGACUGGUAAGGGCUCUGGUAAGGGCACUGUGUAGAAAUUUUCAGUCAUGGUUAGACGGUAUGUAAGGGGACAAGAGCAGCCUCUUGUAUCUCUCACACAUUUUCAUCUAAGAAUACAUCAAGGCCAGCUUUCGUGUGAAGAUCACAUCCUAUUCCCUGCCUAGGCCCAUCUCGGAACAUUAAUCACAAUCGCUGCUGGGUGAAAAUGCUAUCAUCACUGACUUUUGCUAUCAACACUGCCAUCAUAUAUUUUGCCAUUGAAUAUUGUACUACCAUUCGAUUGUGUACUGCCAUUAUAAUUGCUGAGCAAUAAUUUGUGUUGAUUUGUAAACUUAGUUAAUUUUGUAUUACAUUUGCUG